AUGGGUGAGACACCGCCCCUGCCCCAGGACGCCCACGUGGGAGGCAAGCAGCCCCCCUCACAUGACCCUCGCUGGCUGCGUGACUGUGGUGUCACCUGCCCUUUGGAAGCCUCAGUGCCUACCUGUGAAAUGGGUGAUAAUCAGCCUACCUCACAAGACGCCCCAGCCGGUGUCACGGCUCCACCAUCAUGCUUCUGGGACUUGUGUCUUGCUCCCCUGGCUCCUGGCGGUGAGACCCUGGACCCUUGUCUGCAAGAUGGAGAUAAUAAUAGCACCUCCCUGCAGAUCGAGGUGAGGAGUCGACCCAGCGGAUCACUGCACCUGUGCGUGCCCUCCUUCCGGCGGCCCUCGGGGGACUGUGGUGGGCCAACAGCGGAUGACAAGAAUGUCCGAAAGUGA